AUGAAAACAUACAUUAAUAGGAAACGCAAACAUGAUGAUCGUCCAGUACCUUGUCCUUAUAAAAGACAACAGUUAGAAUCCAAUCACCCAGAGAAGCACAGCAAAUCCCAUUCAUUUGAAUACAGCCAAGCUUUUUCACUUUUACAAGCUAUUGAACUUAAUAGACGACAGAGAUUGAGCAAGAAAUGUCUUGCUCAUUUGGCACUCUUUGUAUCUCAAGCUUGGGAAGACAAGCCUUGUCAAGAGAAAAUACAACAGCUUUAUUAUAUGAUGAAUAAUUUAUUAAACACAACAGGCAUUGAUCUGAAUGAACCAUUUGAAAUUGCACUUCAAAAGUUCUGUAGUAGUCCAGUAUCUACACCUACUAUUUGCCCUAGUGUUACUCUCUUGAUAGCCAUUAGUUAUGUAGAACGAUUAAAUAAGCGUUAUCGUAACCUCAAAGGCACACCAGGAUGUGCUUCCCGUAUGAUUAUGGUGGCCUUUAUCAUGGCAUCAAAAUACAUACAUGACAGCCUUCGAUUGAUUAUUUAUACCAAUAUCCGAAAACCAACCAAUUCAAUUGUAGCCCCAAUCACACCACCUACUUCGCCAAAGAUGCCAUCGCAUACUUCUAUUCAAGACCGUAAUAUGAGAAUAGCUCGUAUGGAACAAGAGUUUCUAUUCUUUCUUAACUAUGAUUUGUCUGUCAACGAUCCUUCUCUUUUAGUCCAGUGGGCUCAUAGCUAUGAACCUAACAACAAACAAACACCUUUUGAUUAUACCUCAGCAGACGAAGGCGAUGAUGAGAUGGAUGAUGAAGAACCCUAA